AUGGCCUCGUACGCCUCUAGCCAUCAUAACACCCAACAACCCCUCCGCCCGCGCCAUUCUCCCGAUCGCCAUCAUUUCUCGCCCUCGUCCUCUCGCUCAACCACCCCACCAGGCCCCACUUCGCCCACUUCACCCACUUCACCCACCUCGCCCGCCUUUCUCACCUCUUCCGUCUCCAACCUCUGGGGCGGUUUCGUGCGCCGUUUCUCGAGCGAACCCUCUUCGUCAAGCCUCGGCAGCCCGCCCGGUAUGCCCCACGCCCGAACCUUCCAACCCGAUGGCGGGUACAACCAUAAUCAUGGCCACAACCACGUCCAAUCACCUACACGCUCGCAAACAACACAAGGAACCGGCAACGGGCUCGACGGUGUCUACACCCCUCCCCAACUCCUGAAUCCCCACCGCACCCCGUCUCCGAUGCGGCCCCCACCUCUAGAGCCGCUACAGCUGCAGGGCUUCUCAGACGAUACUCCAGCAAAUGCGCGGCUGCUGACGGCACCUAUCGCCGAGGAGAUCCGCAUCAUGGUUCCCGCGCGCCUGGGUAUUGUUGACGAAUGGAAGUUGGUAUACAGCCUAGAGCAAGACGGUGCCAGUCUAGCGACGCUAUACGAGAAAUGCGCGCGGUACCAAGGGGUAAGGGUAGGGUUCGUGCUGUGUGUGCGAGACUGCGAGGGUGGUCUCUUCGGCGCCUACCUAUCCGACCACCCCCACCCCGCCCCAAAAUACUUCGGCACCGGCGAAUGUUUCCUCUGGCGCGCCUCUCUCCUCGCACCACUACCUCCUCCCCCCUCCCUCAUCGACACCGAUGAUACCAACCCCAACCUCCGCACCUCCACCAUCCAAGGCGGCCCAUCAUCGCCACCCCCGAAUAACGGCAACAACCCCAACUCCCCAAACACCCUCCUCAAACCCCCGUCCCGCACCCCAACACCGCAGCCCAUCCGUUUCAAAGCUUUCCCCUACUCGGGCAUCAACGAGUACUACAUGCUGUGCGAGACCCACUUCCUCUCUCUCGGCGCGGGCGACGGCAAGUACGGCCUGUGGUUAGACGACUCAUUGGAGCGCGGGGUUAGCGCGACAAGUCAGACGUUUGGUAACGAACCGCUUAGUGAUGAGGGUGAGAAGUUUGGGGUAUUGGGGGUUGAGGUUUGGGUGAUUGGGGCUUAG